CUGCUGCUGUGAGGAGGCUUCUGGGUGCGAAGCCAAUAGUAAUGAAGGAUGUAGAAGUGGUCUUCCUGACAGAGGUUUAGAAGUAGGACAACAAAACAGGAUGUUGACGCGCUGCCGUUAGACGCGACGCCACGCCACGCCACCCGACAACCCGCUUGCUUAGUAUUUCUGUUGCCUAGAUUUUAAUAUGGAGGCAGACACGGUAAUCCCUAUCUGGCAGAACAAGCCUCAUGGUUCUGCCCGUAGUGUGGUCAGAAGAAUUGGAUCAACUUUACCUUUGAAGCCAUGUCAGCGAGCCUGCUUUGAGGCUCUGCCAGGACUGCCUCCUUUACCAGAAACUGAUUAUCCCAUGGUUCCCACUCUUGCAGACAUUGCAUGGAUAGCUGCCGAUGAGGAGGAGACUUAUGCUAGAGUUCGGAGUGAUACCCGUCCUUUGAGGCAUGAGUGGCGCCCAACUCCCUUGCUUGUCCUACAAAGGAAUUCCUCAGUGCCUAAUUUUAGGCGUGAAGGGAAACGCGUUGAAGGACUGAAGAAGCCUGGUCUGACAGCCUUAAACCGAACUACUGCACUGCAGGAAGAGCUCAGCAGGCUACGCGCUCAAAUUGCUAAGAUUGUGGUAGCAGACACUGGCUCUGCUCCCCUCACACCAGAUCUCCUGUCCCCUGAUGAUACAAGCAUGACAUUUUCUGUGGCCCCUUUUGAACCUUCUAUUCAGUCGGGUGCCUCUUUUGUAAUCAGCGAUAUUACAGAGGAAGUGGCUGAGCUUGAAUUUGACCCUCCUCAAUUUGCCAUGAACACAUCAACAACAUUUGAAAUGGAUCAACCUAGCCUAGACUGUGAGGAGAAGGAUGAUGACACAGUAUCCCUGUCUAAAUCUACUAGUUAUGCUGAUGUCAUGGAUAUCCUCAAGGAUAUGAAUCGUAGGAAGUUGAGUAAAGACAGGUUUUUACGUGGAUGUAGCUCUCCACAUGAUGAGGAUUCUGCAUCACUUAUCUCUGAAGCCCUUAGGAAGAAAUUUACUUUAAAAGAUGAUGACCUUGCCACAAAAAAUAAUUGAUUCAUCACUAAUUUACCUCCAUUCCAGCCUCAACUAUGCCCUCCAAAUUUCCAUUUGAGGACAUCUUUAGUAGAAGACCACCACCAUGUUAACCAUCUUGUAAAGACAGUCAGGUCGGUGCCAUUAGACAUAAGUCAUGCCAGCAAACAUGUCAUCAGUGAUUAUAGAAGACAAAAUAUCAGCAACUUGGACAUUUUCUUAUGAGUCUAGUUUAUCACUGCAUAAAUGUUAAAAUUAGUGUUUUAAAACUGAUAUUUUAUUACGCUGUAUGUGCUACAUUGUUUAAAAUUGUAUAGUCUUUUUCUGUUAAUAUUGAAAGCAGUUUUUGUUCAGCUGUGAGUUGUAUUGAAUUUACUCUCUCCUGGCACCCAGUUAGGAGGCAGUGUAACAUCCGAAUAAUGGUUAACAGUCAUAAACAGCCUGCUAUAAUAAGUAGCAUGUUUAAAGAGCAUGUAUAAAGAUACCUCACUUAAUUCUCUGAUGUUGGUUAUCACUAUUGUGCGACAAGCUGACAAAUUCCCCAACCAGAAUGAGAAUAAUGUGGCAGUUUGGCACGUAAAAUGCAUCCUAUAAAGGGCUUUCAAGAGAGUGGGUCAAAAAAAUGAACUUAUAUGGGUUAUUUUGUAGUAAUUGUGUAAAUAUGCCAAAUCACUGUUGCCAUUUUUAUUUUAUUUUUUUUGUCUGAAAAUGUACAUCUGAGUCGUAGUGGCCAAAUGAGUGAGCCUGUAAAAAAUGAAGGAGGGGGGAAUGUUAUAGGUUUGAGUAUCCAGUUGAUAGGUAUACGUGUCUGUUUGAUUUUUUUUUUUUUCUCUCUCCAUCUAAAAAAUUAAAUACAAGCAAUAUUUAAAGCAACAUCUGACAUCCUUCAGUUGUAGGCAGAGCAGACGUAGUGUCAUUUGAGCCCCAGAAUUUCCCAUCCCUAAAUGACACCUGUAUUUUUUUCCCUUUUAUAUAUAACUAACUUUCUGCUGCUAGAAUGGUGAGCGACUAGUAUAUUACACUAUACAUCACUAAUUGUUGAUGAUAUAUAAUGUUUACUUCUGCUGUUGACAUUUACAGGGAUUAAAAAUAGAGUAAAAUACUGUUUGAAUAGAAACAGCGUCUGAAAAACAGGACAUCUUUAUAUAAAUAAAAGUUGUCUGAUUAUUUAACCUUGUGGAAAAGUAGGAAAUGCUGUUACAUCGUUUGUUUCCAAGGCAUUAUUGCCGAACUGCCUGGGAUUGUUUGUAAUACCCAGUCCUCCUGUGCCAUGGUGGUAAGAACUCUGGAGAUGUUUGUUCAUCUCUUUUCACACCUGUUGUUUACAGCAUUGAGCUGUACAGGAGAGUUCCGCUCCUUGGGGACAAAUACCAGGAUGCUUGCUGCUUAGUGGAACACAUGCUUGAAGUUCAGGUUUACUUGAAAUGUUUCUGCUAAAGAAAGUUAUGUACUUAGUAAAUAAAAAUGUUACCUUUUUUAUGUAAAA